AUGCUACGAAAUGAAACGCGCGACCCCGCCACCGGUCCACCAAUGCCGCCGCCGCCGCACCCGUCGCGCCUCGGCUUCCACCCGCUGGAGCCGGCGCUCUCCGCCGCGGCCGACGCGCUGCACCGCUCCUGCCCGAGCUCCCCGCGCCGCGCCGUCCUCCGCCGCGCGCGCGCGCUGCACGCGCUCCUCGUGGUCUCCUCCAUGCCCUCCGCGCACACGCCCGGCACCUUCCUCGUCAACCAGCUCCUCGCGCUCUACGCCCGGCUCUCCGCGCUCCCCGACGCGGUCGCGCUCCUCCGCUCCGCGCCGCGCCCCAACGUCGUCUCCUUCAACACCGUCCUCUCCGCGCUCUCCCGCGGGGCCCCGCGCCACGCGCCGCAGGCCUUCCGGCUCUUCGGCCAGCUAUGCGUGUCCGGGCUCCGCCCCACCGCGCCCAGCCUCUGCGCCGUCCUCCGCGCCGCCGGAGCGCUGCGAGACGGCCGCGCGGGCGCCCUGGCCCACGCGCAGGCCGCGGCGCUCGGUUUCCUCGCCAGCGACAUCGUGCCCACCGCCCUGCUGCAGAUGUACUCCGAGUGCGGGGCGCCGCGGGACGCCAACCGGGUGUUCGACGAAAUGGCGACGCGGGACGUGGUCGCAUGGAACUGCGCGAUGCACUGCAGCGUGCGGUACGGCUACCUCGGGCGUGCUCUUGGGCAAUUCUGCAGCAUGGUGAGGGCUGGGCUGGCACCUACCGAGAGCACGCUCUCGUCGGUGCUCAGUGGGUGUGCACGCGCCGGGGAUAGCCACGGGGGGCGCGUGCUGCAUGGCUGGGUGGUGAAGUCGGAGGAGCUUGACCCUGACACGCCGCUGCAGAAUGCGCUGCUCGGCAUGUACUCCGGCUGCGGUGAUCUGGACACUGCGUUACAUGUGUUUGACAGGAUUGAGACGCCUGACUUGGUGUCAUGGAAUACUCUGAUUGCUGGGUUUUCUGCUGCUGGGGAUGGAUGGAGUGCUAUGGAUGCUUUUGUACGGCUCAAGGAUGUGCAGUUCGGCGAGCCGGUUGUCCCUGAUGAGUAUACAUUUGCAGCUGUGGUGUCUGCUGCUGCUGCUUUACCUGCAAUGCGUAGUGGAAUGCCACUUCAUGCUGAAGUGGUCAAAGCUGGGUUGGAGACCAGCGUCUUUGUAGGUAAUACAUUGAUCAAUAUGUAUUUUACAAACGGGGAGCCAGGCUCAGCACGAAUUUUGUUCGAUUCCCUUCCCGAGAAAGAUGUAAUUAUGUGGACCGAGAUGGUUGCGGGCCAUUCUUCGUCGGGUGAAGCUGAAUUAGCCUUGAAGUAUUUCAUUAGCAUGCUUCAGGAAGGGUACAAGGUCGACAGCUUCUCUCUCAGCAGUGCUUUGAACUCCACAGCAGAGUUUGCAGGUCUUAAGCAAGGAGAGAUGCUCCAUGCUCAAGUGGUAAAAAGUGGUUAUGAGGGGAAUAUCUGUGCCUCCGGAAGCCUGCUUGAUAUGUAUGCUAAAAAUGGUGCUCUCCAAGGUGCCCAUUUGGUGUUCUACACCAUACCAAAGCGAGAUUUGAAGUGUUGGAAUUCAAUGAUAGGGGGAUAUGGCAAUUAUGGCAAUUCAGAAAUGGCAUUUAAGUUAUUUGGUGAGAUGAUUCGUGAUGAGCUGCAACCUGACCAUGUAACUUACAUAUCCCUCCUUUCAGCAUGCAGCCACUGUGGACUAGUUGAGAAAGGAAAGUUCUACUGGUUUUGUAUGAUGACGGAUGGUAUUAUGCCAGGAUUCAAGCACUAUACUAGCAUGGUGAGUUUGUUAGGUAGGGCAGGUUUAUUGGAGGAAGCAGUUGAUUUACUGCAGAAAUCCCCAUUUGCCAAGAAAUGUCCUGAACUAUGGAGAAUUCUGCUAAGUUGCUGUGUAGCAUUAAAUGAUUUGUCCGUUGGUGUUCAUGCUGCUGAACAGGCACUAGCGCAAGACCCAGAUGAUAUGUCAACACAUGUAUUGCUUUCAAACCUUUAUGCUGCUGCAGGAAAAUGGGAUGUUGUAGCUGAAAUUAGGAAAAAAAUCAGAGGGAUGAUGGUUGAGAAGGAACCUGGGCUGAGUUGGGUUGAGAUAAAAAGUACGAUUCAUGUGUUCUCAGCAGAUGAUGAAUGCCACUCACAGAUCGAUGACUGUCGUGCUGAGUUGCUUCGACUUAAGGGGAACAUGGAAUUGUUGUAUAGUUCUGAAAAUGAAUUGCUUUCAAUUGGCUAA